AUGUCCUCCCAGCUUCCCACUCCAACAAGGUCCCCCCAGCACCCACUCCAACAAUGUCCUCCCAGCUUCCCACUCCAGCAAGGUCCCCCAGCACCCCACUCCAACAAUGUCCUCCCAGCUUCCCUCCAACAAUGUCCCCCAGCACCCCACUCAACAAGGUCCUCCCAGCUUCCCUCCAACAAUGUCCUCCCAGCUUCCUCCAACAAGGUCCCCCCAGCACCCCACUCCAACAAUGUCCUCCCAGCUUCCUCCAACAAUGUCCUCCCAGCUUCCCCUCCCAACAAGGUCCUCCCAGCUUCCCCUCCAACAGGGCCCCCCAGCACCCCACUCCAACAAUGUCCUCCCAGCUUCCCACUCCAACAAUGUCCUCAGCUUCCUCAACAAUGUCCCCCAGCACCCACUCCAACAAUGUCCUCCCAGCUUCCUCCAACAAUGUCCUCCCAGCAUCCCACUCCAACAAGGUCCUCAGCUUCCCACUCCAACAAUGUCCUCCCAGCUUCCCACUCCAACAAGGUCCCCCAGCACCUCAACAAUGUCCUCCCAGCUUCCCUCCAACAAGGUCUCCCAGCUUCCCACUCCAACAAUGUCCUCCCAGCUUCCCACUCCAACAAGGUCCCCCCAGCACCCCCACUCCAACAAUGUCCUCCCAGCUUCCCUCCAACAAGGUCCUCCAGCUUCCCCUCCAACAAGGUCCCCCCAGCACCCCACUCCAACAAUGUCCUCCCAGCUUCCCUCCAACAAUGUCCCCCAGCACCUCCAACAAUGUCCUCCCAGCUUCCCUCCAACAAUGUCCUCAGCUUCCCCUCAACAAAGGUCCUCCCAGCUCCCACUACAAUGUCCUCCCAGCUUCCCUCCAACAAGGUCCCCCAGCACCCCACUCCAACAAUGUCCUCCCAGCUUCCCACUCCAACAAUGUCCUCCCAGCUUCCUCCAACAAUGUCUCAGCUUCCUCAACAAGGUCCCCCAGCACCCCACUCCAACAAUGUCUCCCAGCUUCCCACUCCAACAAGGUCCUCCCAGCUUCCCCUCCAACAAGGUCCCCCCAGCACCCCACUCCAACAAUGUCCUCCCAGCUUCCUCCAACAAGGUCCCCCCAGCACCCCCACUCCAACAAUGUCCUCCCAGCUUCCCACUCCAACAGCUCUCCCAGCUUCCCCUCCAACAAGUCCUCCUUCCCUCCAACAAGGUCUCCCCAGCACCCCACUCAACAAUGUCCUCCCAGCUUCCUCCAACAAGUCCCCCAGCACCCCCUCCAACAAUGUCCUCCCAGCUUCCCCUCCAACAAGGCUCUCCCAGCCCCACUCCAACAAGGUCCUCCUUCCCCUCCAACAAGGUCCCCCCAGCACCCCACUCCAACAAUGUCCUCCCAGCCCCCUCCAACAAGGCUCUGCCAGCACCCCCCUCCAACAAGGCCUUCCAGCUUCCCCUCCAACAAGGCCUUCCAGCUUCCCUGCAACAAGGUCCCCAGCACCCCACUCCAACAAGGUCCUCCCAGCUUCCCUCCAACAAGGCCCUCCCAGCUUCCCUGCAACAAGGUCCUUCCAGCUUCCCUGCAACAAGGUCCCCCAGCACCCCACUCCAACAAGGCCCUCCCAGCUUCCCUCCAACUCCCCUCCCCCGGCUGCGUGUUUAAGUAGGCUUCUGUAG